UGUUAUAGCUAUUUAUAGUUAUCUGUCUAUUAAUCGUAUUUUACGUUUCUUACGUCAUUAUUUUGUAUAGAUUUAGGCAAAUCUAAUAUCAUUAGGCUCUUAAAGGGAUUUAAGUUAAUAUUAAGAACAUUAAUGGCGCCAAAACGUGUCAUUUUACGGACUAAAUACGUUUUUAAAAAAUAUCAGACAUCUAACAUGCAGAAUUAUUGAUAUAUGUAACGUUAGUGUUAUGUUUUGUAUUGUAUACUAGUCUAGUAAAGUGUAGCAAAUCUAAUGUCAUGGAUGCUCUUGGAUUUGUUAUGGGAGAGAGAGCUGUAAAUCUUCGUGUCAAACACACCAGAGAUCUCAUACAUGGUGCCCACAUUGGCAAACCCAUGUCCACCUUCGCCAGCGUGAGCAUGAUCUACUGUGGAGACAAUAAUGAAGAAAUUGUCUUCAGCAGGCGCAUUUCAGGGGAUUCGUCUGAGUAUCGUGUGAAUGGUACACCGGUCACAUUAGCGAAGUACACUGGACAGCUGGAGAAGAUUGGCAUUGUGGUGAAAGCAAAGAAUUGUCUGGUGUAUCAGGGUGCUGUGGAGACCAUUGCCAUGAUGAAUUCCAAAGAGCGAACAAAGAUGUUUGAACGAAUCAGCAGCUCUGGAGAGCUGAGCGCAGAGUACGACGCCAAGCUGGCGGCCCUGCAGAAAGCCAAAGAGGACACCCAGUUCCACUUUAACAGGAAGAAAGCAGCUACAGCUGAGAAGAAACAAGUCUUUAAAGAUAAGACUGAGGCCGAAAAAUAUCAGGCGCUAGUGGAUGAACACAGUGAAAGCAAACUCCAGCUGACUCUCUUUCAACUCUUCCACAAUGAGAAAAAGAUAGACACACAGUCAGACUCGCUGAGGGAAAUGCAGGAUGCUGCAGCGCAGCAGAAGAACAGCCUCGACGACUGGGAACAAACUAUGAAGGCUCAGAAGAAAGAACAUGGGCGGCUGAACAGAGAACAUCAGCAGCUGGAGAAGGAGAUCAGAUCUCAAGAGCAGAUUCUCAAUCAGCAGAGGCCUCAGUACAUCAAAGCUAAAGUGAACACCUCCCACCACGAACAAAAAGUGGAGGAGGCACACCGUUCUCUGCAGAAGAACCGAAGUCAACAGGCCAGGAAGGAGCAGGAGCUAGAUGAGCUAAGGAGCGAGCUGGUUGAACUGGAGAGGGCUUGGAAGGCUUCUGAGAGACAGAUGGAGGAGGAAGCGGCUCAAAGAGGAGCUGGAGUGCAGCUAGAGGAGAGCCAGAUGGAGCGGUAUAAGGAACUCAAAGAGCUGGCCAGAAAAAAGGGAGCCGUUUUAAACCAAACUGCAGAGAAGCUACACUGGGAGGUAAAAGCAGACCGUGAGAAGCUCCAGUUUGACCUGAGGAGGAAAAGCGAGAUACAGGCAAAUAUUAAACACAGUCAAACUCGGCUGGAAGAUUUCAGCAGAAGGGCAGAGAAGCUGGAGGAAUUUGCCAACACUACUAGGAACGCUCUUGAGGAGCAGCGUCAACAGGAAGAGCUGCUGGCAGAGGAGCUGUCGAGAGGCUUUGUGCGAAUGGAGCAGGUGAACAUGGAGCUCACCCAGGUGCUGACCGAGCUGCAGAACGCUCGUCUUGACAGCCAAGAGAACCGACGUCAGCAGAGACGAGAUGAGGUCCUGGAAAGCCUCAGGAGACUCUAUCCUGAUGGAGUGUAUGGCCGUCUAGUGGAUUUGUGCCAGCCCAUUCACAGGAAAUACCAGGUCGCUGUCACCAAGGUGUUUGGCAAAAACAUGAACGCUAUUGUUGUGACAUCUGCGAAAGUGGCUCAUGACUGCAUCCGAUUUCUGAAAGAAGAAAGAGCUGAACCAGAGACAUUCCUGCCUAUUGACUAUAUAGAUGUGCGGCCUCUGAAUGAGCGUCUAAGGGAAGUGCAAGGAGCCAAGAUGGUAGUAGAUGUGGUUCAGUGCGCUCAAAAUGCCCCUCAGCUUAAGAGGGUGAUCCAGUAUGUGUGCGGGAACUCUUUAGUUUGCGAAACUAUAAAAGAUGCUCGUCGGAUUGCCUUCGAUGGCCCUGAGCGCCUUCAGACGGUGGCUCUUGACGGCACCUUGUUUCGCAAGUCUGGGGUGAUUUCAGGAGGCACGUCAGACCUGCGCAGUAAAGCUCGACGCUGGGAGGAGAAGGAUAUGAACAAACUGAAAGAGGAGAAAGAUAAGUUGUCGUCCGAGUUGCGUGCUUUGAUGAAGCUGAAGCGCAAAGAGGAGGAUUUAAAGCAGAUUAGGGCUCAGUCUCAGGGAAACCAGACUCGCCUCAAAUACUCCAACUCAGAAUUGGAAUCCAUACGCAAGAAGAGCAUCCCAGCUUGUCAGACUGAGAUUUCCAAACUCAGGAGUGAGCUUUCCAACCUCGAGGCCCAGAUUGAGAUACAGACUGAGAGUGUAGAACUAAAGGAUAAUGAGAUGAAGGCCGUCAGAGACCAAAUUAAUCAGAUUGACGAUUUGGUGUUUGCGGACUUCUGCGCAGAGAUUGGUGUGGCUAACAUCCGUGAGUACGAGCAGGAUUAUCUCCGAAUGCAGCAGGAGAUUGAGAAGAAGCGCCUGCAGUUUGAGUCCCAGCAUACCCGUCUAAGUACCCAGAUGGAGUAUGAACAGGCUCAGUUGGAGAAACUUGUCAAACAGAUGAAGAAGAUAGAAGAGACCAUGGAAAAAGAGGAGAACGUUGUUAUCAGCUUGAAAGAGGUGGAAGAUAGACUUAUGAUAGCUGUGGAGCAGACGCAAUCUAAUCUCAUCGAACUGAAUAACCAGCUGUCAAAAAAGGCAAAUUUAGUUAAAGAUGCCAAAACAGAGCUGGACAAGACUCUUAAAGGCUUCCAGGAGAGAUCCAGGGUGCUGGUGAAGCUUCAGAAGGAAAUGAUCUGCAGAGAGGCGGCUCUAGAGCACCUGAGACUGAGCAAACACAACCUGCUGCUGGCCUGUAAGAUCAACGGCUUACCGUUGACUCUGAUCUCUGGAGCAUUAGAUGACAUCUGUGACAUACAGCUGGACCCAGAGUCUCAGAGCGUCACAACUCGGGGCAUUUUUGAACGAGAGGCGCAAAUGGUGUUUGAUUAUUCAACACUGGACAGUGGCCUUAAGGACCUCACCGAAGACAGUGAAGUGGAAGCUGAGUUGGAGAAGCUCAAAGAGGGGGUCUCCUCUCUGGAGUCCAUGAUAAUGAUGUCAAGAGCUCCCAACCUGAAAGCUCUAGAAAAGAUCAGAGAGGUGAAGGACAGCUUCCGGGAAGUCAUGGAUGCAUUUGAGACCAGCACACACGCCACUAAGAAAUGCAGUCAGGAGUUUGAGCAAGUGAAGGCCAAACGCUUCCAUCUCUUCAGCAAGUGCUUUGAACACGUGUCUGUCGUCAUCGACCAGAUUUACAAGAAACUCUGUAGGAACGCCAGCGCUCAGGCCAUUCUCACUGCUGAGAAUCCAGAUGAGCCCUACCUGGACGGCAUCAACUAUAACUGUGUGGCUCCUGGGAAACGAUUCAUGGCAAUGGACAACCUGUCAGGAGGAGAGAAGGUCAUCGCCGCUCUCGCUUUGGUCUUUGCCAUUCACAGCUUUCGUCCUGCUCCUUUCAUUGUGCUGGAUGAGGUGGAUGCUGCCCUGGACAACACAAAUAUUGGCAAGGUUACAGGAUUUUUCCAGAUGAUGUCCAGAGAGAGCUGCCAGAUCAUUGUGAUCUCGCUGAAGGAGGAGUUCUACUCCCGGGCAGACGCACUUCUUGGAGUCUAUUCAAUGUUUGACGAAUGCAUGUUUAGCAGUCUGCUCACCCUGGACCUCACCCCAUACCCACUCAACGACGAGAACGCCACAGACAGAGAGAAGGACAAAUGAUGGGUGGACAGCAGAUAAUGUGAAGGAUAAAAUGUUCAUUGUUAAAGAAAAAGGCAAUUAAAAGUGUUUAAAGGAUUGAAUGUUCAGCUGCUAAAUUUAAUUACCUAUCAUCAUUUAACCGGUUUGAGCUGUUUUUUUAAAAGUACAUUUUUUUGUAUUUACAUUUUGAAUGUUUAAGUUGAUCUGUGAUACAACUUUAUAAGUGUUUCAUGUUCAAGCAGUUUUACGUGUUAUUGGUCAAUGCCCGUUUGCAUUUGUUCAUUGUGGAGAGUAAUUUUAAUACACUUUUAAUGUUUGCAUUCGUGGAGACUUCUGUCAUUUAUUAGUAGUUGUGCAAACUGUACACUGUACACUUUGACCUGUCUCUCUGUCACUAGGGUGGGGUUUCAGCAAAACAUCAGCCUCUGUUAUUCUAUUCUAUUCUAUUCUAGUCUUUCUUGUCCCUGCUUCUCUUCUCGUCUCCUCGUAUAUAAAGCUUUGCUUAUAGCAACUCCAAUGGCAUCUUACACAGUGGUCAUCGUCCCUCUCAAGAACAGUCCUACCAGUCUGGAUGCAUUGCAGUUCUUCCUCUGGGUGAAGAAGCUGAAGGACUUAGAGAGGGAAAAGGAUCUUCUGUGGAUGGGAUUGCAGGCUUUAGAGCAGCUGCGAGAGAAGUUAUGUUUCAACCUUGAAGAUGACAUGGACAAGUUCAAGAAAGGAGAGUCGAGAGAAGUGUUUCCAGACACUCCCACCCUACUGUUGGCUCAGAUCCAUAGAGUGAACAAGUCCUUGAGGAAUCUAUUGUGUGACUCCAGGAAUCUCACUGUUUCUGCAACAGAAGGUACUGAAGGACACCGGCCCUCUCCUUGCUUUUCAGAAGAAAGUGCUUGUUUUUGAUCAGAUGUUUGUUUUGAUGUUCUGUACUGCAUUUUCCUGUGUUUUAUGCUUGAGUUGAAGUCGUCAUUUUCUGUGCAAUAAAGAAAACUUGCUUACUUGA